AUGUCGACUAAGGUUAAAGUGGAAGCACCUGAUCUAUCUGGAACAACAGUGGCGAAAACCAGUAGCAGCAAUACCCUUGUGCAACCUCCUAUAACCCCUAAGCGCAGCAGAACCAUCGCUGCAGUGGACACGGACGAUGACGAAGACAACAGCGGAUCAGCCAGAAAGCGUCUCAUGGGAGCAGCCCCGGUUUCCAUCCAGUAUGAACCCGUCCCUGAGUACUGGGAUGACGACCCAUCAACUCACGGCAUCCCCGAGUGUUUUGGUGACGGCCCACCAAGUCCUAUCAUCAAAUACGAAGACAUCGACUUGGAGGAUGAGAAAAAUCGCUUCUUUAUAUCACCCGAUGCCCAGCGACACUACGAUCUAGGCCUAGACGCAGCCCCGAUCCCGUUUCGGCGGUCCUCCGCCCACUUGCCCUUCCCUCCUCGGCCCCAAACUCCACCGCCUCCCGGCGUACCCUUCUACCAUCCCAACUUCCCGCUGCGCCGCCCCCUCCGCUGCCCUAACCAUCGUUUCGACCACCUCAGUUUCGAGCUCAAGCAGUCCCACACCCUUUACAACCCAGAUAGAUGGUUCUACUGCUAUGAUGGCUUCAUCUGCUGGGCCGAUGACCGCGGGGUGCAUAAGAACAACCCGGAGUGCUUCUGCGGGUACCCAUCGCGCGAGGAGAUGACGACCGAAAGGUCUCAUAACCCUCGAGUGAUUUUUUACAACUGCGCUACGAAGGGGUGUAGGUUUCGAGACGCUAACUGGGAAGAUCAGCUAUCUGAAAGGGAGGUAAACGAGUAUUACGGACGGCAAAUUUACCCGAAUGCGAAAUAA